AUGGGCGAUAAUUUCGAUGUGAGACUGUUGAAACGGGCCUUGGGGGCGACGAGGACAAACCGGUCCAUCAAAACCCUGUACGGCGAUAAAGCGUGGGUGGAGGAUCUCGAUAUCAUCAAUGAGUUGGGAGCACAUACUGGCUGUGUCAACGCUCUGAGUUGGUCAGCCGGUGGCAAUCUGCUCGCCUCUGGUUCCGACGACACGUAUCUCAACAUCUGGGAUUACAACCCCACUGGCAUCGCAAAGCCCUUCUCCUUGAACACGAGUGUGAAUACCGGCCACCAUGCCAACAUCUUUUCGGUCAAGUUCAUGCCCCACUCGAACGACCGCACCGUCGUGACCUGCGCCGGAGACUCUGAGGUCCGUGUCUUCGAUCUGGAAUAUGGUGGCGCUACCCAAAGCGGCUCAACCGACUCGAGCUUUGCUGCAAGCACAAGAAGCCGGAGGUUCAAUAACUUCUUCCGCAAUGCCAGGUGGCUAAAUGAAAGUAACACCAAUGCCCGUGUAUACCGAAGCCAUGCAGACCGGGCCAAAAGAAUUGUCACGGAGUCGAGCCCGUAUCUGUUCUUGACCUGUUCCGAAGAUGGAGAGGUACGCCAGUGGGAUCUCAGACAACCAUCGUCCGCAUAUCCUUCGCCGCGAGAUGGACGAGGCUUCGGGAGAUUUCGUGGGAACUCAGACCCUGACGCUGGAGACACGCCUCCACCGCUGAUUUCAUACAAGAGGUAUGCACUGGAUUUGAACAGCAUCUCCUGUGCAGCCAGUCAACCACAGUACAUUGCUCUGGGUGGAGCUCAUCUUCAUUGCUUCCUGCACGACCGACGGAUGCUUGGUCGAGACCUUGACAUCGAGAAGGGUCGCCCGACGAGCCGCAGACCCACCGUGGGGACUUACGAAGAUGAGGCCAUGGCUGAAGCCACUCGGUGCGUGCGAAGAUUUGCGCCCAACAACAAACGGAAAAUGGGCCCUGGUGAUCACGGUCACAUCACGGCUUGCAAAAUCAGCGAUGCCAAUCCGAAUGACAUGGUGGCCUCCUGGUCUGGGGAUCACAUCUACAGCUUUGAUAUUGUGAAAUCCCCAGAUGCCAGAGAGGCCGAUGCCCGAGAGGAUGCGGCGUUUCAAGCCGCUCGCCUCAGAAAUCGAUCCGAUCGGAAGAGAAAAAGAGUCAAGGCAAAUGCCUCUUCUAGCAGUCUGGGAGAAUCGGCCAAUCCUACUAGACGCCUGCGAAGGGUCCCAGAUGAUCAAGCAGAGCAUGGUCACACCGCUCUACUGGCAAGUUUCCACGACGGGGAGUCAGAACUAUUCCCGUUGCACUCCGUCGGUUCUAGUCCCAUCCCCGGGCUCCCCAUUUCCCAUGAAACAUUUCUUUCAGAAACCCAAAGGUCGAGUGAGCGAGUGGCAAGGUCACUAGUCCAACUUCGAAAGACCUUGUUCGAUUUUUCUGCUUCGUUGAGGGAAGAAACGGCGGCUUCUAUGGAGAAUUCUGCGGAGCUGACCUCUCAUGGAGCGACCUUUACAACGGCACUCGGUCAAUGUGCUUCUCUACUUCCCCAGAUGGACGAGAUCAUUCGCACUUGGUCGUAUCCAAUAAAUCCGAGCGAAGAAGAUGUUGCGCUGCAGAAUACUCUGCGGAGAAAUCGGCAGGCUAGCUGGCGAUUCGUCCAAGCUUCUGGCUGCCUAUCAAGGUGCCUUGGCGGACGUUUACAAAGUUUGAGUUCGGCUCCGGACGUCAGACUAGCUUAUUUUGACCAGAUUAAGCCUGCAGCGCACGAAGGGAAGAAUAUCCGCAGGGAGUCGAGAUUUUGUUACGACUUCUUGAAAGCAAUUCUCCUCUGGCUUGAUGGAGGUCAAGAAGCUGUUUUGCAAGGAUUCAAGAGACCACCCAAUGUGAGUGGCGAAAGCCCGCGCUUCCCACUCGAUCAAGAUGAUAGCGUACAGAGCUUGGUCCCAAAGCUGCAAACGUAUCUCUUGGAUCUCGCAGAUGACGACGUCCCGGUGGUUGACUUGGACGCAAACCGAUUUGAGCGAGACGAGACUCGGAUGGUCUUCCCCAGCCAAAAAUCAGCCGUUCACGCAUUUACAAGGGCGGUUGCUGAGAUCAAACUCGAAGCGAGACAAGGGAUGUCCGAAACCCAGGUAGACCUGUCGAGUCCAAGCACCACAGUACGCGUCAUGGACAAAGGAGCAGCAGCAAGACUCUGGGGGGUCAAGGUAGGCCGCUCUCUUCUCAUGCGUGCUGCAGAAGGAGUCACGUUCGAUUACGUCAACCGAGCGUUUGGAGGCUUGAGCUUGCAUGGCCUUUUCGAAUCCGAAGACAUCGAGCGAUCUCAAGAAGACAUUGACCCGGACGAAGAGGAACGUGUGGUGGAAGCAAUUGACCUAGCGACGACCACGGGCGCCUCAGACGUUCGGGCAGAAGUGUCUGUUCACAACACGCGUCAGUUCGGAUCUUCUCCGGAAUCACCACCGACUACUCGUGACACCACCCGAGGGUCCACUCAUUCUGAUGUUGAAAUGAGCACUCCACCUACUGUCCAUGUUGAGGACGCGGAUGCUGAUGAAGACGAGGGAGAUGGUGUGGAUGAUGCCGAGGAUGACGAAGAUGACAAUGAAAACGUCGAAUCCGACUCUGAGCCAUCUGAUUCUGAUGAUGACGAAGACGAUGGUGCUCAGCGUAUUCUCUUUCGUCCGCGGUCUGGGUUUGCACGAAGGCGUGAACGUGUGUCGGUGAAUCUAGACGUGCCAUACUCAUCUCAUACCAAAGUCUACAAAGGCCACUGCAACACACGGACGGUGAAAGACGUCAAUUACUAUGGCUUGAAUGACGAGUACGUGGUGAGCGGAUCCGACGAUGGUAAUUUCUUCAUCUGGGAUCGCAAAACGUCCAAGAUCCUCAACAUUUUGGAAGGAGACGGUGAGGUCGUGAAUGUGGUCCAAGGUCACCCCUACGAGCCGGUGAUUGCCUGUAGCGGCAUUGACAGCACCGUCAAGAUCUUUGGACCGGGAGGCGAGAGCCGGGAGCGUGAGAAGGCAGAGAGAGGGGUGGAUCUGGCCAAUCCACCAGGUAGUUUGCAUAGCUCGUUACGAUUCGGGGGCCGAAGAAAGAAUGGAACAUCGUCCGGGGGACUUAAAAGCCGUCGUGCCAUGCACCGGAGUUAUGAAAUUACCAGUCAAAACGAUGUGGAACGCCGACGCAGCGCAGGAGAGACAUUUCUCACGGAGGGGAUGCUCGCCAGAUUUGCCAUAGCAUUGCAACGAGGCCAGAUAGAAGCGAUUGGAGGUCAAGGAUUUGGAGGUCAAGGCGGUACUAUCGUCGUGGAUGACAACUGUUCGUACUACCAUCUAUCCGGCUUGCUGACUGGUGAAGAAGACCACUGCCUCAUUUGGCUGGCCGACAAGGAGUUAGGGGACAGGAACGACGAGAAGUUUCCUGGCCUCGCAGAAGAAGAAUACAUUGCCGGUCACCGCGGAAUAUUGGCUGGAAUGGUCAAUGAGGGAUGA